AUGGCCUCAAGAUGGACGACUUCGAUCAUCGCCAUGGCCUGCUUCGUCGCAUUGCCACAAAGUACCAAUGCCGCAUAUCAUGUGCUUUUGAAGGGUGAUGAAAUACCGGAUGGCAGCCUCCAGAAACGAAUGAAUGGGAUCACUGGUGACGAAUGUUACGGCACUAUCGUCAAGAGCAUUCAGCACAGUCGAGCACAAUACGAAGAAUACAAAGCACGCGCUGGGGAAUUUGUGCAUCUCUCUGUCCCCUCACAGCCUGCAAAACCCCCGAUCGCCACAUGA